CGGUAGGGAUGGUGCCGAGAGCCCUGCCGGAACUAAACCAGCGGACGGAGAGAUUAGGCCAAAGAGCAAAGGCGCGGACUUCUCUUACUUAAUCGAGCAAGCUCGGUCCCGACCGCAGGAGCAUCGCGAUCUUGGAACGUCCCAAUCCGCCUUUUCCUUGGAUGAGCUUUCCCUCCAUUUUAUGCAGGGUGUAAGCUCUAUGCUUUCUGUUAGGGUGGAGGGCCUCUUAUCCUGGUGUGCAGAUGACAAUUUCAUUGUGGACGAUGACCCCACAUCAAGUUGUGAGGUAUCUUUUCUCUCCAUGGAUUUGCAUGCACUUGCUGCACAGUUAUCAAAACUAAAGCUUUCACAGAGGCUAUUUGUUGAAGAAGAUUUAUUACCUGAAGAGCUGCAGAUCGACAAAUCAAAAGCGUACCAGAUAUCUGAGCAAUCAGGCGCACCAAUAGUGAGUGAACAUAAAUACAGCUUGACUCCAGCAAGAUUUCUCCAUGAGGCAGAGUUGGGCAAAUUUGCAGAUGGCCAAACUAAUCUUUGCAAUUCUGUGAAUUGUGAUGUUCAUGGAAUCAUGCAAGAAACAGUGCUGGAGGAAUGUCAACCCCAAACUUCUACAGAACAGGCUACCAAGCUUAAUGCAACUACCGGUUCAAUACCUCCAGGGCGGUCUGGCAGCAGAGAAAUUCAGGGACCCAUGUCACACCUUGGCCUUCAUACUGAUCCAGACUUGAAACAGAAUAGAACCUCCAGGUUUGAAGCUCCAGCAGCAGAAGAAGAGCUUGAUGUGCUUCUCGGCUCAUUUAGUGAAACUAGUCUUUCUAGCUCCUGCAUGGAUAGAAUCAUUGACAAUGCUUCAACUUCUCGAAGUGCAACAUUUAAUUCAUCAACCCAUGUGAGUCCAUUUUCUGUUGGUCAAGAUCCCAGCUCCUCGGGCAAUAAUGCUGGUACAGCUCUCGUUGAUGCAAUUGAUGAUUUGCGUGCAGAAGCUGCCCUGAAUGACCAGAAAUAUGCAACUUUCAAUGUUUCUUUUCAGUCACUUUUGGGUUCCAAACCCCCAGGCGACUCUAAUUCCUCAAAGCAAGUAGGCAGAGCUGCAAGUCUUGAUGAUUCAAUCGACGAUUUGCUUGCAGAAGCCUCUCUUUGCCUUGAAGAAGAGAAGAACAUGGCAUACCCAGAAAAGCAGGGAACAACAUCAACAAUGAACUUUCCUUCCCAUUCUCCCUUAGGCUCAAAACCUGUGGAUGACUUCGGUUCAUGGUUCGACACACUUUAAGAAUCAUUUGCAAUCUGAAGAACAGGAUAUUAUCAAAUCAUCCAGCAAAUUGAUCUGGAUGGCACUGAGCCAUUGCAAAUAUGCUACUCACAAAUUAAUCCUUCCAGCAGAGGGAUUCCUAGACAGCUGAACUGGAGAACCGUUAGGAUUGCGGAAAGCAGUAGUUAUCAUAUCCUGCUGUUUUUCUCAUAAUCCUGCUCUGCUAUUUCCCUUCUCAGGUAAUUUCGUGGCUCUUUAGUUCUCUAAAAUGUUGCAGCAUGAGCUGUUAUCUGUUGAUAGUGUAUCACUCACGAUGGAUUUCAACCUGGUGACUCGUGUCUCCAACAAUUAGGGAGUUUUGCAGAUUGUUCAUGAGAAAAACAAGCUUCAGAUAUAUCAAGCUAAGGGGAUCCUGAGUCUGUUUACCUGCCAAGUGUCCAGCUUCUAUUCCAUGGCAACAGCUGAGUCGGUGGCCUUACCUUGAUCAAAAUGUUGUCCUCCUAAUCUUGUUUGUCAUCGUCAUGGCUUCAUCUCGCAUGUAUUUCUCAAGCCUACGAUAUCUGAAAUUUUUCUAAAUAUAUUUUCGGUAUUUAAAAAAAAUUGAGAGAUGAUGUCUUGAUGGAUUUCUAAUUCUGCAGAUUCUGUUAAUGAUUAUUUCCCAUGUUAAUUAAGUAUCCUUCUGUAAUACAGAUUACUUCGCAGUUUGCCUUGUUUAA